AUGAUAUCUGAAGCUAUGGAUAUCGGAUUUCAUCUUGCCAAUGGACAGAACGACGCGGUGAUUCCGAUGGAUCUGUCGAAGAAGAGGGUAUCGGGGAUCGAUGAGGAGAAGCCCGUUUUGGAGGAUCGAAGCAAUUUGUUUCUGCAAUUGGGCAUUGCUCCUCAUCAGAUCCUGUCCCUCUACGCCCAACUAUCCGGCCGAACCGCCACCGAAACCCCCCAAGAGAGUGAAGGGCCAACGGUUGAUGAAUGCAGCCCGCCCGGAUCGUCGAGUCCGGAAAGUCGGCAGGCUGAUGUCACCGGGUUGGCAUGUCCGGCUGAGGGAUGUUCCGAGACGUACCCAUCUCGAGCCUCCCUCCUCUGGCACGUCGAAGAAGCGCAUGCCGGGGAGAAGCUGAUGGAGUUCUUGCUCCGACCGCCAUUCCCUGGACCUCCCGGCAGUGGUCCACCCGAUGGUCUAUUCCCUCGUGAUGUAUUGGCCAAUGAAGAUGAUUGGGAGAGUCUGAUGGAAGUGUCUAAUACUGAUGAAGCCGAAAAAAUCCGAGCUUUGGUCGGCGACAAGCCACUCCCAACCACCGAUCCGAAUCAAUGCAUUUUAUGCCGACGGGUUCUCUCGUGCAAAAGUGCCCUCCAAAUGCACUACAGAACCCACACAGGCGAGCGCCCAUUCAAGUGCAAAAUCUGCCAGCGCGCCUUCACGACGAAGGGCAACCUGAAGACGCAUAUGGGGGUGCAUAGGUCGAAGCACGCGUUCCGCGGCGUGGGCAUGGGACCGCCGAUGCUCAGCCCGGCGCAGCAGUGCCCGAUCUGCCAAAAGAGAUUCCUCUCCGGCCAACAACUCCAAAUCCACAUCGCCGAACAUACGCAGAAGCUGAGCAACAACCCAUUAAUGCAUGGAGAUCGCCCGAAACUCCCUCAAAUGCCACAAGGCAAGCAUCAAUGUGGCGUCUGCUUCAAACAUUUCUCCUCUUCAUCGGCAUUGCAGAUCCAUAUGAGGACCCAUACUGGUGAUAAACCGUUCAAAUGCGAAGUGUGUGCCCGUGCCUUCACAACCCGUGGGAAUCUGAAAGUUCAUAUGGGGACCCAUAUGUGGCAACAAUCGCCAUCACGAAGAGGCCGUCGUAUCUUCGAUGCAAAUGGAGGGCCAGAGACAAGUCCUCGGCCAUCUCUCAAUGGCCCUGGAGGGCCAAUGGUUGGCCCAUUUCCAUUCCCAUUUCCGGGCCCUUCACCUGCUGGCGCUUCGAUUGAUGUCAUGAUGAUGUUGAUGCGGACUGUUUGUUCCGUUUGUCAAAAGGUAUGCGCCACCCCGGCCGAACUUGAGCAACACCUGAAGGGUCACCUCAGCGCCCUGGCCCCGCCCGGAAAUGAGGGCAGUACAGCCACCGCCAGC